AAAAUGCUCCUGGAAGACCUGAGUGCACUACUUGACGAGCGAGGCUGGCAGAAUUCUAGAGCCUGGCAGGCACACCCAUUCCGUUCCGUCGUGCACUGCUUGACGAGCAAGAGGACGUGCUCCGUUGCGUCUUGUGAGAGGGUGGCCUAGGAUCGUCGGCGGGACGGUCAGCACAACCCUUCAAGUUUUUCUACCUAGAAUUGCUUCUUCCCUUUCCACUGGAUGACUGGAUGAUCCGUUUCCCAGCAGCUGCGAGCUACUUAUUAGCUGCUUGAUUCGGAGUUCCCCCCCUCCUCCUGUGAUCAGCACACUUUCGCCACCUUUACCUCUCACUAAGCCCCUUUACACAAGCGAGGGUUAGCUUAUAGUAAGCUGCUAGACCUCGACGGGGAUAUGAGUCGUAAUAGUCGAAACAAAUCCAUGUCUCUAGACCGGAUACCUCCCCACACAACCCUUCUUGUCCUACUCGUCGCCGGUUCGCUGUUUUCCGCGGGCGCGCAAAAGUACCCUCCGAUCGUCAAGUCCCAGCUAGCCGUCAUGCUGGCCGUCAAGUCCGCGCUGGGCGGCAGCUUCGACGGCGCGGACACCUGGACGGCGGCGACGCCGUGCAACAUGUGGUACGGCGUCACGUGCUCGCCACGUGGCGAGGUGCUGCAGAUCAUGCUCAUGUCCUCGAACCUUCGUGGAACCAUCCCGAAGCAGAUCGCGAAUCUCACCACCCUUAACUUCCUCGAUCUCUCAAAUAACGCGCUUCGCGGCCCCAUACCGCCGCAACUCGCGCUUCUACCCAACCUAGUCACCCUUCAAUUGGGCAACAACCAGCUAUCCAGCUCCAUUCCACAAUCGUUUUCCCGCCUCCGUAAUCUCAAAUUCCUCGACCUGGGGCGGAACCAGCUGAGCGGAAAGAUCCCCGCGGCGCUGGGCAAGCUCGGCGCGCUUCAGAUUCUGUUACUAGAUGGUAACCAGCUCGAGGGGUCGCUUCCUGGGAGCCUGGCGGCUUUAAAUCAGCUGAAGCAGUUUAGCGUGGCGAAUAAUCGACUCAGCGGGCUGGUCCCCACGGGGUAUCGCAACGGCAUGCGAAGCAUUCGCCAGUUUUCGCUGGCGAAUAAUCUGUUCACGGGCACAACUGCCGGGCUGCCCCCGAUGCCGCUCGACGCUGAAUACGGGUCGUUGGAUAUCAGCAAGAACUUUUUUUACGGGCUGCCCCGGUUCAAGCUAGCUGCGAGCACGACCAGCAGCAGCAGCGGCGGCGUAAGCAGGGCCGCGUGUCCUUCCGCCUCCGCGGACGUGCGCAAGCGCGCGCAGUACGCGGGGAACUGCUUUGCGGGCACGGGCAGCUGCAAGGGGGACGCGCCGCAGCGCAGCGACGGCGCGUGCGGGGGGUUCUGCCGCACGGAGCGCAGCCUGCGCGCGGGGAAGACGCAGUGCGGGGGCGCGGGGCUAUGCGUGUGGUCCUCUGGUCCCCCAAAGGCGCAGGCGGUAAAAUGCUUUUGCGAAAAGGGGUUCGGGCCAGACCCGUUAUCAGCAUACCAGGUUUGCAAACGAGGGCUCACGAAUCCCACCACUUAUUUCGAGAAGCGUAAGAAGAAGCAAACGGCCAAGGCGCAAAUCGCAGGCCCCCCUGCUGCUCCCCAGCAGUCCGGAUCUCCCCCUGGCCCAGCGGGGAACAGCAGCAGUGGCGCUAGUGGUGGUAGCACCGGCGGGCAGGGUAAUGGCAGUGGGAGCAGCAGCAGCAGCAGUGGCGGCGGCGGCACAGGUGGUGCUGGCGACAGCAAGAGCACGGGCGACGGCAGCACAGAGAUCAGCAGCAACAGCAGCAGCAGCGGCAGCCCGUUGUUUCCUGCCACCGGCCUACCCAAAUGAGCUGGUGGGGCGUUUGCAAGUUGGGUUGAGCAGCAGUGACCGAACCCCACCCCCUUCCCGGCGCCUUCGGCCUCUCCACCUGUCGUCAGUUGACAGCUGUAUGCCAGCUGCCCGAUGGGAAGUUGGGUUGAGGGGGGAAGGGGGUGGUGGUCACAUCUCACAUCUGACAUCGUACAGCGGACCACCCUAUAGCAGAUACGGUAGCAGACAGCAGGACAGGGCGAUGGAGAGCAGCACGCUGCUUGCCUCAAGCAGCAAAGCAAUCGGAUAUGGUCGCCUCAUUCCAUCCAUCCCAUGGGGCAGCACCGCACACACACACACACACACACACACACACACACACACACACACACACACACACACACACACACGCACACACACACACACACAUGCACACACACACACGCACACGCACACACACACACACACACAAACACACACACACACUCUCACACACACACACACAGAGCCCAGCUUCACGCGAGCUCUCCUGCUCCCUUUCAGUCUACACAGGUCCUUGUUCGACCCCCAUGCCGCCCUGUGCAAGUUCCUGGUUCCGUGAGAGUCCAUUAGUCACUGCCAUGAUGUAUAUGAUG